CAUUCCUGGAGCUCGGAGCUUCCAUAAGAAGACAACAACAGUGAUUACAAUUUUGGAAAUAUAUAAAUAAUUCUAUUUUUACCUGCAGUAUCUAUAACUUCAACAAAUAACAUUUGGAGAACAAAAAGGAAUAAAUGCAAAAGGAAAGCUGUGAGUUUGGAGCUGGAAUGCAGAGGAUUUUUUAUGAAGAAGUGAGUGUUUGUUGUAGGAUAACUCUCACAGCAUUGGAAACCAUGAAAAGAAAUGUAAUGGGGCAGGGGUCUGCAUCACUGUAACAGGGAGAUACAGCAUGCGGGGAGUCUGGGGCUCUUUGUGUUGGAGGAUUGAAAAGUGUGAGCCAGUGAGCUGGGAGGCUGUGUAAGGAGGAGCAGAGCUUGGGAUCAGAUUACACUACUCCUGCACAAACCUCUCUUUCCUGCCUGUUUCUGGAAGUUGUGUUAGGGCUAAACUUGGAGUUGCUGUGAGCAGUUGUGGAUUUUGCUGGAGUUUAUCUGUAACAUGGAAGAGAGAAGUUUGUACAGGAGCCCAGGGCCCGGGGAGCCCCCUUAUUGCUGAGGAGGGAGAACAUAGAGGCACUGCUGUCCUUAACUCCUCACAAGAUGCCUUCCAUGGUGGUCUGGGCCUGUUGGGUCAGGGGGCUGUUGUUCCUAAUGUCUCUGCUUAGGACAGAGGGGACUCAGGUUAAUGGGACUGUGUACACAGAUAAGUGUAAGAAGACCACCACCUGUGAACCCCUGAAAUACAACGUGUGCCUGGGGUCCACUCUGCCUUAUGGUCUGACCUCAACUGUGCUGGCUGAGGACUCCAGCUCACAGGAGGAGGCUCAUGACAAACUACUGCUCUGGUCUGGAUUACGGAAUGCCCCUCGCUGCUGGGAUGCCAUCCAGCCCCUGCUGUGUGCUGUCUACAUGCCCAAGUGUGAGGGGAGCAAGGUGGAGCUGCCCAGUCAGGGUCUCUGCCACGCGACGCGAGGUCCAUGUGCCAUUGUGGAGAGGGAGAGGGGUUGGCCGGACUUCCUGAAGUGUUCUACUGACCGCUUCCCCGAGGGCUGCCCGAAUGAGGUGCUAAACAUCAAGUUUAACAGCUCGGGACAGUGUGAGAGACCCCUUGUCCGCACAGACAACCCCAAGAGUUGGUACGAGGAUGUGGAGGGUUGUGGUAUUCAGUGUGAGAACCCUCUGUUCACAGAGCAUGAGCACCGCGAGAUGCACGUCUACAUCGCCGUCUUCAGCUCCGUAACCAUCUUCUGUACAUUCUUUACCCUGGCUACCUUCCUCACGGACUGGAAGAAUUCUAACCGAUACCCAGCUGUGAUUCUCUUCUACGUGAACGCCUGCUUCUUUAUGGGCAGCAUUGGCUGGCUGGCACAGUUCAUGGAUGGUGCUCGCAAAGAGAUAGUGUGCAGGGCAGAUGGUACCAUGAGGCUGGGGGAGCCCACAUCUAAUGAAACCCUGUCGUGUGUCAUCAUUUUUGUCAUAGUAUAUUACUCCAUGAUGUCUGGGGUCAUCUGGUUUGUGAUGCUGACGUACGCCUGGCACACAUCCUUCAAAGCUUUAGGCACCACCCACCAACCACUCUACGGGAAAACCUCUUACUUCCAUCUGGUCACCUGGUCUAUCCCAUUUGUCCUCACUGUCGCCAUCCUGGCUAUUGCUCAGGUGGAUGGGGACUCGGUCAGUGGCAUCUGUUUUGUGGGGUACAAGAACUAUCGCUACAGAGCCGGGUUUGUCCUGGCACCCAUAGGACUGGUGCUGAUUGUUGGCGGCUACUUUCUAAUCAGAGGUGUAAUGACUUUGUUUUCAAUCAAGAGCAACCACCCCGGUCUUCUGAGCGAGAAAGCUGCCAGUAAAAUCAACGAGACCAUGCUGCGCCUGGGCAUAUUUGGGUUCCUGGCAUUUGGCUUUGUGCUAAUCACCUUUACCUGCCACUUUUAUGACUUUUUUAACCAAGCCGAGUGGGAGAGAAGUUUCCGGGAAUACGUUCUAUGUGAAGCCAAUGUGACUAUUGCCAUAGAGAGCAAAAGGCUGAUCCCUGAGUGCGAGAUCAAGAACCGACCCAGCCUUCUAGUGGAGAAAAUAAAUCUUUUUGCCAUGUUUGGGACAGGCAUAGUCAUGAGUACCUGGGUGUGGACCAAAGCUACCAUCAUCAUCUGGAAGAGAGCCUGGUGCAGGAUUCUAGGGCGCAGCGACGAUGAACCAAAAAGGAUAAAGAAAAGUAAGAUGAUCGCCAAGGCAUUCUCCAAAAGGAAGGAGCUGCUCGACAACCCUGAGAAGGAACUGUCCUUCAGCCUCCACACUGUGUCUCACGAAGGCCCCGUGGCUGGCAUGGACUUUGACAUCAACGAGCCUUCAGCAGAUAUGUCCUCAGCCUGGGCUCAGCAUGUUACAAAGAUGGUGGCCAGGAGAGGAGCCAUCUUACCCCAAGACGUUUCCGUGACACCUGUAGCCACACCAGUACCACCAGAAGAGCGUGAAAAAAUGAUGUGGAUAAUGGAUAGUGACAUUCCACAAAGGCUUGAGAAGAAGGCUGGCAAGAAGAAGAAGAAGAGGAAGAAAGAAAUACGUCCACUGGAGGAGGUCGCAGGCAUGGAGCACUUUCCUGGCCGGGUGUCAAGCGGUGUGCCACGCCUUCCAAAAUUGCCAGGGAAGCCAUGCCUUGUCACAAAGUCAAAACAUCCCCAAGAACUUGAGGAGGCUCUGCCCAGGCCAUACAAGAAGUGGCCCCCUCUCCAAGGAAGUGUGUAUUCUGAAGAGGUCAUGGAUGGCUCACUUGAAUACAGAAAAUACCCCAACAACAAUGUGAUGUCCCAUCCUUACUCCCCAGAUGAGACCCAAUAUGCAGACCAGAGCACCGUUAGGUUUAUCCCUCCACCCAGGCAUGAUGGUGCCUUUCAUUAUGCAAAUAGAAAUCCCAAUACCCAAAUCAUGGGACAUACCUCUUAUGGUGCAAGAACUCAAACCAGAAGAGCCGGAGUUGCCCCAAUGCAUUCACGUGCAAACCUCAUGGAUGCUGAAUUAAUGGACACAGAUUCAGAUUUUUAGAGGUGCAUAGAACAUAAGUUGGUGUCGUGAAGCAUUUUCUGGGGGAAAGGUUGCAAGUUCAAUCUUCUGGUUGUAAUGGAGGAAAUAUUCUCUCCUCAAAGUUGCCUGCAAGUACCAGGUGGAUAUCCAGUUCCUACAGAGCUUUACUUUGCUCUUUUUCCUAAAAGAAAAGAAAAUCAUAAAUGCUGAAAUAUUUCAAAGAUUGGAAAGUGGUUUACAAAAAACUUACACUUUUUAAUCCAAGAGCUAUCAAAUCUUGAAAAUGUGUAGUACUAAAACUUUACAGUCUCAAGCAAUUCCUUCUUUUAAUGGACUUUGUUCCUGUGAUUACGUAUUUAUUAUUUACAAAGAAAUAUUUCAAAAGCAUAGAAGGUUGUUCACAGUCUCAACACUUUGAUUAUCUCUGGAUAUAAAUGUGAACAGUGACACACGUUUGCAACAUAAAAAGUAUUUAAUGUGCCAGUUAAAUAAGACCAGGCGUCCAUGCUGGAGUUGGCAUUGUAUUACAAUACUGUACUGUAUUAUGACGGGUACAAGUCUAAGGCUAAUGAAGUUGUGCGUUUUCUUCUAUUGAACGGUACUUUCUUAUGAAGGGGUUCCUUGUUUUGGCCUCUUCAUGCAAUGCGGCUGCAUAUCUGGCAGUUGGUACUCAGUAUUAAAUCAUUGGAACUUCUGUCUACUUGUCUGGGAAUAGGAGCUUUGCAGGGCAAUGUGUAAAUACCCAGACAAUUUUGUUUAUUUUAUAGAUUAUUUUUUUGGUACAAUUCAUAGACACUUUACAUAUUUGUACAAAAUAUAUGAAUACUGGAGAUGUAUGGGAAUUUACAGAUUUUUAAACAAGAUCAACAGGUUAGCAAAUAAAUUGAAUGGUGCAUUUACAUCAACAUUUUGUGUCUUGUCAAUAAAGUUACAUGGACAACCAUGAUUGUAGUUCUGACCUUGUUGACUGCUAGACAGGUUAACAAUACAGCAUUCCUAUAAGGAUUCUAAUAGACUUACAAACAUACAGUGAAGAUACCAAUCACCCUUCCAUGCCGUCCAUUAUUUGUGUUCCAGUGCUCUUGUAAAUUAUAGAUGUCAAUUAGCUGCGUAAAUCAGAUGGCAAUGAGACCAUAAUGGUCCAUUACUUAACAUCUAUAUCUGUAUGUAAUGUAUCCACCAUACAUUGCAGCCUUCUAUUGGCAGCUAAAUAGGUAACAAAGAUUUGCCGUAUCCUAAUACUACCAAUUCUAAGCUGUCAGUUUGACUGUCUUAAGUGCAGCAAAACUAUUAAAUUAGUAAUAUGUUGUUUUUUUAAUGACAUAAGUUGUUUAUUUCUGUUAUCAAAAGGCCAGUUUAAUCUUCCAUUUUUUUUUCUUUAUUUAAAUUCCUAGUUAUUAAUCAAAAUAUUUUUUUACCAGAAACUAGGUGUAUACAGCUUAUAUUUUCUUUUCAGAUGUAAAAAUAAGGAGCUUUGUAAAUAUAUCCAAUGAGAUCUCCCUGCGUGCAAGUUCUUUCUGUUGAGAAAAGUGACUAUCACUUAUAAUAUGGGAUAGAAAAAUGGGAACCUCAUGCUGGGGCACAGAGCGUUUAAGUCAACCAAACGUGAAAUCGAAAUGUAAAGCAAAUACAUUCAUAAACCUAAUUUAAUGGUAUUGAUUAGUUUUUUUUAAAUGCAGACAUUUUUUUAGGCUCUAAGUAGUAUGAAUAUUUUUUAUUAUACAUUUAACUCUUGGCCUUUUCUUCAAGAGGUUAAAAUAUAUAUAUAUUAUAACAGAUUUGUUAAUGUGAAAAUAUAUGUUGGCAAAGACAGUUAUAGCUGAGCUUGAUGCAAAAAACGUGUUGCUCCACCUACUAGAUGACCUUGGAGGUACAAGAUUGCAGCACAAAUCCACAAAAAAGAUUUUGUUUUCUAUUUUUAUCACAAAUGCUUUUGUGAUUUACAUUGAAAUGCAUCCACAUUUACAAUUUGUGCCUUGUAAGUUGUUACACAAAGAUAAUGAACAUUCUGAAAAUAAUAAGUACGUAAAUAAUACAAAAUAUAUCUGUUGCCAGAUUUGCUGGAUUGUAUUUGUUUGCAAACGACUACUUUACCUUUAUGUUAUUUAAAAUAUAUACUUUUGACUUAUUCCACCUACACUGAAAAUAUGAGUAACAAACAUUUCCCUGUAGAAAGGCUAUGUAUAAAGGAUACAAUAGCUCUGAAUAAUCUCACAGUGAGGGGGUAUGAGGGAGAGAGGUUUUUUGUAUGUGAAAUAGCUUCUUGUGUUUAUUCAACCCCCCCAGCCAUUAUGUCAGUACCUAAUAUAAUUAACAUUAGCAGGUCUGCUUUACUUGCAGACUCAGCCCACUGUUAUGGGCAUGUUGUGUAGAACAACAGGUGAUGGUUGUAAUGAGCAAACAUCAUGUACAAAAUAAACAUAAAGGAACAAUUUCCAGGUAAAUACAUUUUAUAAUAGUGUCCAUUGUAAACUCAUUGAGGGGCCACCAUGCAUUGAUCUUGUGAAUACUAGGGCUGUGUGUGUAGGAGCCAUGAAUUGUAAGGACCAUGAAUAUGUCUAGGGCCAAUGAAUCACACAUUUUUUUGCAUGCAUUAUCAACUUGUAUAUAUUGUAUUAAAUAUUUUGCCACUUUUUUUACAUUGUUGAUUCUGUGUUGUCACAAAACCUAGGGGUGAAUCACAAGCCUGUAGAAAAGGCGUAUCAUAUGAUUUAUCUACAAAAAUUCAACUAGACUUUAAUGGUGAAUUUAGUAGAAAAAACAUUAAAUACAUUUUUGUUAAGGAUUGUGAUUGACAUCUUCAGUUUUAGGCAAAUCUGCUAAGAACACAUUCAUUGUAUAUAAGUAAUCAUUAUAGAAACACUUUUUGCUUUUUUCUAAUACAUUUCUGGCAUAGAUUAAUAGCAGGGACUGCAACCCCACCCCACCCCACCCCAUUCUUUGCUGCUGCUGCCGAGUCUGUAUCCACAUUUGGUAAAUAAGGUACAGUCAUUUUUGUAUGUAACAGGAAAAAAAAAACACAAGGAAUAAUAAGCUGUUACCAAAAUCUUUUUGUAUUUUUGUACCUGUAAAUAAAAACAGAGUGAAGUAUU